UAAUUUAUUGUUUUAAAACAAUAAUUGUUAAGGAAAAUGUCUCGGAUGAAUAGACUAGGCAAGAAAAAUGCCUUACAACAGCGUAAGGAAAAGCUUUUAGAAGAAUUAAAAUUAUGCGACAAACAAAUUAAGAAAGCCAAACAAAAUGAAACAAACAAUAAUUUAAAAUAUGACGACAGUUCUGAUUCCGACACUGAACUCACUUUACGUAUGGAUAAGAGUAAAUCAUUGCCAAGCUUAGUAAGAAUGAAAUCUGCGCUUCAGACACGUUGUAAUGCAACAGCGGAGCUCACAGGUCUUGAAGUGCUGGAGUCAACUGUUAAUAUCUUAACUGAGAGUCCAGAAAUAAAUGGAGAACCUCAAAUAACAGAAGAAGGUGUUUGGCAUGAAGUUAUAGCAGAAUGCAAAGUGGAUUUGAUACCUUUCACCAUAUCUUUCUACGUACACCAACCGAACCGUAUCUUUGGACAGCCAUCUUACAGAUGUCUGAAAGUGGUUGCAUCAAAGGAAGCCAAUGAGAGAGAACUUGCCAAUUCUGUGCUCAACAAAAUGAUAACACCCAGCGAUGCUUUUGAGGUAUUGAAAAGUUACGCAGCAGCUCACAGAUCUCGUCGGACGACGCUCGCUCGUCUCGCGGAGAUGUAUGGAGAUGAUUUGUUUAUGACGCCAUUGUCAGAAGGUGGCUAUCAGCUGCAAUGUGCAAAUGUUCUAGAACUUUCUUGGACAUUAGAGAGCAAGCCUUCAACUGUAGCAUAUUUUAGACAUCGAAUGAAACUAAGUUUGGAGUAUAUGGAUGAACCAUCUCUCAAAAUAAUAACACAAGCAAACAAAGAAAUGUCGAAUCCAUCAGUCGAUACUGAAGAGAGGACGUCACUCCUCUCAAAGAUCAUCAGCACAUGUCUUAAAGCUCAAGGAGAUGGUUCAGAAUCAGAAGCAUCCAGGGUCCAGAAGAGACCCAAUGAUGCAAUGGAUAUACCAGUGGCUAAGAAGAAGAAAGAAAAUGAAGUUAUGGGACCACCGAAAGCAUUACCAAAGAAAACUAAAGUUAAAGGCAAAGAGAACGAUGAAAUUCGUUUAAAUUCUAAUAAAGAAAUUAAUAAACCUAAGAAAAGUGUAUCUGAAGAAAUUAAAGCUAAUGAAGGAAAAGAAUCAAAUAAAAAUCGUAAAAAAUACAAAAACAAAUAA